AUGGAAGACCAGUUCGGAGGCCGCACCGAUGACGAUCUCUUUUACGAUGACUUCGAGCCCGUCGAGAGUCAACCCGUAGUCACCCAAGAGACUGCACCACCGCCAGCUGCCCCAGUCCAGGAGACUCCUGCUCCGCAACCUGCGUCUAGCUCUGCCCCUCCAGCGACGGUGAAUCCAGCGCCAGCCAAGUCGGCGCCGAGAGGGCUCGCCUCCUCCCGCUACGCUGACUCUCCUGAACCCAAACCAUCCCCCGCCUCUGCGCCUAGAGAGCAGCAGCCAAAGUCGCAGCCAGAACCCGAGACCAAGCCCGAACCUCAGCCUGCGCCCCCGGAAGCUGAGAAGCCUCAAGCUUCCAAGCAGACCCAGGAACCUGAGCAGGCCCAGCCCCCUCAACCCGAGCCGUCUCAACCCCAGGAACCAUCACAGCCAAAGCACAAACCUCACCACCAGAAGCGCCAGAAGCCCGCCCCCAACAAUGGGCCGCCUGCCAGCGCGCCCACCGCCCCGAGGGACAAGUCCCACCGAUCAUCGGAGAAGGACUCCCAGGCGGCGGCACCGAAGGAAGCCCGGCUGCAGUCCGGCGCCAACCCCCGACAGAAGCUCACCGAGGCCGAGCUGACCGCCAAGAUGGAGCAGAUGAAGAUCGUCUCGGCCGAGAAGACGCGCAAGUUCGAGAAGGCCGAGCAGGACGAGAAGCAGCACGCCCAGGCCUACGCGCGGGGCAUGGAGGAGGCCCGCAAGAGGAAGGUGGAGGCCGAGGAGCGCCGGCGCCGGGGCGAGGAGAACCAGCGGAAGCUGAACGACGAGCGCGCCAAGAAUCGUGAGCGCAAGCUCAAGGCCAUGGGCAUGAAGGAGGGCGGCUGGGAUGAGGGCAAGGAGGCCAUGGCUGAGGAGGAAUCACGGAGAAGUUUCAAGGGUGCUAAUGGAGGCGUGAGGGGUACACGAAGUGGUGGUGGCCUCGGUGGCAGUCGAUAUGCGAGGGAGGGCGAGGAAACUCCAGAUGUAGAUCGAUUCCUGGACGACCGAGGCCGUGGCCGGCGGAGGGGAGGAGGAGGAGGAGGUCGGGGGCGCGGUGGUAAUGGCCGCGGGGGCCGGGGCGGCCAUGAAGCUGCUGGGGAGAGAGCUGCGGAAGUCAAGCAGUCGAUCCCCACCACGGACGACUUCCCUGCCCUCCCUUCGGAUGGUGUCAAGCAAGACCAACCCAAAUCAGUCCCCGGUCCAGCUCUUACCGCACUGCCAAAGCUGACCGGUGGGAAAUGGGAUGAUGAAAUGGCGGAUCUCGAUGCCGCCAACCAGAAGGCAUAA